AUGUCUCACUGGAAUUUGGUCCCAUCGAUCCUGAACGAACAGCGCUUCUCUCUCCCAAUCGACUGUCGGGGUCUUCUUCGCCGAAGCGACAAUUUCUCUCUUCUCGCCGCAGUUCCGUACAACUUUCGUCACGAACCUCUUCACAGCGAAACUCUUUAUCCACGCCCCUUGUCUCAGCCCACGUCCUUCCCCUCUUGCAACCACCACCAUAUCCCAGGUGACGACAUCAAAGAGCUAGUGAAAGAGAGCACCAAAUCGCAGCUUAUACAACGCGACUACCAAGCGCGAACCAAAUCUUCGGCGCUGUUGCCCAGACUUAUCACACCGUCUCGCCAGCCAAGCAGCCCUUCGUCACCAUCGCCUACCAAAGAGACAGAUGCUAUGCCUGAAGGUUACGAGGCUCGUCUGCCAUCCCGUCGUACAUUCACUACUCCGUCUCCUGCGCUUCAGGUUCCGCGCUCUACGAGGAGCUUGUCGAACCGCCCCUCAUCAGCUUCGUCGGUCGUAGGCGAUGCCACUAUCAACGCAUCGCCUGCGCCUACUUCGAGGAUCAUGGACGAUACCCCUUCCGCGCGUCCUAAGUCUAGCCUCGAUGAGUCACAUUUGGAGAUGACGAGGUCCUCGAGGACUUCAACAGGCCGUCGCGGCCUCACGCACAUUCAGAUGAAGACGCGCAUGAGGAAGCGGAGCAUGAGCGUUGAGAAUGGCAGUCCCGGGCUCAGCGUCGGCAGCGCUGCUAAUCAUGAUUCGCCGAGUGAAUUCGGGAUGCUGUCAAUUCCAAGGGACGACGAUACUACGCUGAACGGGCUGCGAUCCUCGAGUUCGCUUUCGAAUCGCCGUGAAGGUGGGAGUAGUGGGUCCGAGAGGACGCUUGAUUGGAUAGCACCACGCGCUGCCACUCAUGCAUUAGCGGCCGCGGGGCUCCUUCCUUUGGACAGGGAUAGGGACAGGGACAGAGAUCGCGAUCAGGAGUUCGAGCAGGAUAUAGAGAGGGAGCGGGAACGGGAACGCCAUAGGCGUUUGGACUUGGCGGGUAUUCAGUCUGUUACCCCUACCCUGGAGCGGACGAACUCCCGAGCUGUGACAUCAAACAAUCCGGCAACAAGCCUCAUGAGGCCAACACGGACGCGCCGAAACUCACGCCAAGGCCCGUCAAUGUCAUCUACGACGUACGACAUCCACCCUCAUGUUACCUCUCUCUACCGCCGCGCACAACUCCCACAGAUCCGUCGCCUGGCGCCUUUCGCGAACCAAGAGCACACAGAAGGGGACGAGUGA